GCGCCAACGGGGACUUCCCCAAGAUGAGGGGCACGUCGACGCUCCAGGAGGUAGGAGACUACCAGUAUGUGCUCGAGCAGGGUGCCAAGAACCUGCGAGCCUCGGCCAAGUACGCGACGGACGUGACGGGCGAGCUGAGCGACACGAUCCAAGAGCUGAUCCAAGUGAAGGAGGCGAUCAGCAUGAGCAGGAUCCGCACUUCCACGUGCCAGCUGAAGAAGGAUGUGGCCCUCGCGCAGAGGAUCGCCUUGACGGAGACGGAAGCCAUGCUGACAGAGAAGGUGAACAACAUCGACCAGGCGCUGAUUCACCUGCUCGAGGCUCAGGCUCGCAUCAACAUGUGUGCCUACGUCCAGCCCAUCCUCCCGAACAAGCGUGAAUACCUGAAAUACCAGCUGGACGAGCGAUCGCUCAUCAUUCGCCCUGCCCUUGACGAGAAUGACCCGACUACGUGGAAGUACUACGGCUGGGAAGAUAUGCCGAACAACUUGCCCUGGGACCCUGAGGACCCUGAGACGUGGAAGAACUACGGCUGGAUCGAGAACAACUUGCCUUGGGACCCCGAGGAUGAAGAGACGUGGAAGAACUACGGCUGGCGUGACUUCAGCAAACUCAAGCCCUUGGACCCGAACGAUCCGACUACGUGGGGACCGUACGGCUGGAAAUUCUACAACGACGUUGCCACCAACCCAGGUACGCUCGAGCAGAAGAUGGUAGAGCUGCUGACCAAGCACACCCUCGCGACGAUCGAGGAGGUGGAGGUUCACCAGAACCCGACCGACAGCCCCAGCCACACUCCGCCGCUCGAGGAGUUCUUCCCUCCACGUGGCAAGAAGAAUGAGGACGUAUACCAUUCGGCAGCCAGCUUCACCGACACGGGGGCGUCCAGCAGCACGGACUAG